GCGGCUCGCCUGGCAGGGGGGCUGGAGGCUGGUUCUGCUCGGCCUAUGCGGUAACGUGCGGUCAGUCGCGGGUGACCGGCUGUGUCUGGGCUAUGCACUCCCUUGCCCAGGAAAUCCGCAGCUUCUCCAGAGACAACCUGCGUAAGCAACGCACCCGCGUAACGACGCUAACCGGCAGGAGGAUCAUCGAGACGUGGCGUGGAGCCUGCUUACACGUGGAGGAGGAGGAGGCGGCGGCGGCGCCCGGCGGUAGCGGCUAUGUGCAGGACCUCAGCGCCGACCUGCAGGUCGGCGUCGUAAAGCCCUGGCUGCUGCUGGGGUCGCAGGAUGCUGCUCACGACCUGGAGACGAUGAAAAAGCAUAAGGUUACUCAUGUUCUAAAUGUGGCAUAUGGAGUGCAAAAUGCCUUCCUUGAUGACUUUAUAUACAAGACCAUUUCUAUUCUGGACCUCCCAGAAACUGAUAUUAUCUCUUAUUUCCCAGAGUGUUUUGAGUUUAUUGAGAAAGCCAAGAUACAGGAUGGUGUGGUGCUGGUCCACUGUAAUGCAGGAGUCUCCCGUGCAGCAGCAGUAGUCAUUGGUUUCCUAAUGAAUUCAGAAAGACUGAGUUUUGCUAGAGCCUUUUCCUUGGUGAAAAGUGCAAGACCUGUGGCUUGUCCAAAUCCCGGCUUCAUGGAGCAGCUACACAAGUACCAGGAACAGAAUAUAAAGGCAAAUGGAAGCAUAAAUGAUCACAACUGAUCAAAAGGGAGAAGCAAAACAAUCUGCUUUGACUAUACAGUAACAUAUGUUGGAUGUACUUUAAUAUGUCAUUUUGCAGUUCACUUUCACAUAUGGAUUUUAAAGUCUUUACAUACUUAGGUUUUUUUCUUACCCCGCUUUGACCCCUUUUUUUUCACCAUGUAGUCUGAAGGCCAAAUGGUAUUCCACUGACUUCAGAGGUGAUUUUGGGCAAGAACAAGCUCUGCAUUGAGUACUAAUAAAAAGACAAAGUUCAAUUUUCCUUGAAAUAUUAGAAAAAAAACAACCCAGAAUUAUGGUUUUGGUUGUUUU